UACAAUUGAACUUGAUGUUUCGAUUCGGUGUUCGAUGACGUCAAAAAUUUUUCGAUUUUGAUUCAGAAAAAAAAAGAAAUUCAAACCAAAUCUAAUCUUUAUGUUUGAAAAAACAUUUCCUUGUGAAUUUUUCCUCGUCAUUUUGGCCGCACCAAAAAAAAACAUGACCACAAAAGAGAUUUUUGAUAUCAAAAAUAUUGAUGUUGAUGAUAAUCAACAACAACAGCAACAACAACAAAACAAUGAUAACAACACCGGUGAUGAUGCUGAUGAUGUUUAUGAUUUUGAUGUUGAUGAAAAUUUUACCACCAAUAACGACAAAAAUAAUUAUAAUUCAAUGUAUAAUGUAAUAAAACCUCGACAAUCAAUUCGAAAUCGUCGUAAUCAACGAUUUAAUCAACAAUUUAAUUAUAAUAAUAAAUCAACGACAGAAACCAAUUCAAAAUCAUAUGAUGAUUCAUUAAAUUCUAUUGAAUUUAUUGAAGAAUUAAAAAGACGUUCGAAUUAUAAUCAUAGUGGUGGUGGUGGUAUACUAAAUUCAUUAUAUUCAAUUUAUAUGUGGCUUAUACAAACAAUAACAUGGAUUCAACGAUCCAUCAUACAAUAUUUACAUUAUUGUCAUAUUACGAUACGUUUAGCCAUCUAUUUACUAAUGAUUAUUAUUGCCGGUUCGAUUAAAGAUUAUGUUGGUUUAGAUCCACCUGAUCAAGAUGUUUCCAUAUUACCAUUAUCAAUAUUGAAUUUUAUACAUCGUUAUUUACGUUCAUCAAAACGUUCAUUUUUAAAUGUUUAUUUUGUUAAAUUAGGUUGGUUUUGGACAUUGAUCGAAACGAUACCAUUCAUAUUGAUUACACGUUUAAUGAUAACAAUACGUCGAAGAAAAUCCGAACAUAAUGAUAAUAAUUGUAAAUUGAUAAAAAUGAAAAAUUAUAAUACAAUUAAAUCAAGUACUGGUGGUGAUGAAAUUGCUCAACAACAACAACAACAAAAUAAUGUCGAUCAUAAUCAACAUCAAAUACCAUCACCAUCGAUUAUUAUCAAAUCAUUUUUUCAUGAUUAUCUUGAUGAAUUAACCGGUCCAUUAAUACGAUUAUCAUUAGCAACAAUUGUUUGGUAUUUUUCAGUCGAAUCAUUUGUUUAUAUUGGUAAAUUGACUGGACAUUGUCAAUCCAAUGAUAAAUUACUUGUUUAUCUUCAUACAACAAUUGAUGAUUGUCGACGACAAGGUAAUCGUUGGAUACAUGGCCUUGAUAUUAGUGGACAUAUAUUUUUGAUGACAUUUUCCAAUCUAAUUUGUAUUGAAGAAUUACGUUAUCUAUUUUAUCGUUUUGAAGAAUUUCAUGAAUUUCAUCGUUAUAUAAAAUUUAAUCGUGAACGAACAGAAAAUUUUAUCGAACCAUAUCGUUUUCGUUGGAAUUCAUCAAUACAUUGGUUAGGAUUAAUUUUAACAUUAAUCAUUACAAUUAUAACAUUAAUAUGGGAUUAUAUGAUGCUGCAGACAAUGUUUUUCUAUCAUAAUUUAAUACAAAAAAUUCUUGGAUUUUUAUGGGCUAUUAUAAUGUGGUUUAUAAUCUAUAAAAUUAUUACCGGAUGGAUAUUCAAACCAUUGAACAUUGAAUUCGAACGUAAACGAUAAUAACGUCGUUAUUGAAUAGUACAAAAUAAACACAAAAAAAUUUUUUUAGUGCGCUCAACAAAUAUUCCAAAAAAGAAAAAAUUCUUUUUAAAAAAUCAUA